AUGACGCUCUUUAUUAUCAUAUCUCUGAAGGUCACCUCCGGAUCCAACAUGAGCAGUAUAACCACUGUGAUCCUCAUGGGAUUUCCCAUCUCCGAGGUCUCCCGGCUGAUCCUCUUCUGUCUUCUGGUACUGAUCUACUCUGGGACAAUGUGCGGGAACCUGGUGAUCGUCCUCCUGGUGUCCAUCAGUAAGAACCUCCACAGCCCCAUGUACUUCUUCCUGACACAAGUCUCUAUCUCUGAUGUCAUCCUGGUCACCACCAUUGUCCCCAGCACCCUCCAUUUCCUGUACAUAGACUCCCGGCUAAUGUCUCUAUGGGGCUGCAUCGCUCAGUACGUCAGUUUCUCAUUCGCUCUCAGCUCGGAAUGUCUUCUUCUCACCGCCAUGUCUUACGAUCGUUUUUUUGCGAUCUGUGAUCCCUUACGUUACACAUCUAUCAUGGACAUGAGGCGCUGUAUAUCUCUGGCCAUUUUGUGCUGGUGUUUGAGCCUGUCCGUCAUAUCUGUAAAGAUCACGAACGUGUCCCAGUUUGACUUCUGUGGUCCUAACAUUGUCCACCAUUUCUUCUGUGACCUCUAUCCCCUCUUACAGCUGUCGUGUUCAGAAACCUCCGUAUUCCAGAUACAAAUCACGAUUAUCGUGGUCACUUUGGUUAUUACACCAUUACUCCUCAUUAUAACCUCAUAUACUUGUAUCAUUUCUUCCAUACUAAAGAUCCAGUCACUGACCAGGAGACGAAAGGUCUUCUCCACAUGCAGCUCCCACCUAACUGUGGUUUGUAUAUACUAUGGGACAUUAUGCGGCAUUUACAUCAUUCCCAACAAAGGACAAGAGUUUGGGGUGAGUACGGCCUUCUCCUUGUUCUAUACAGUGGUGACUCCAUUACUGAACCCCAUAGUGUACAGCCUGAGAAACAAGGAGCUAAAAAAGGCCUUCAAGACGUCUACAAAGAGACUGCACACAAUCAUCAAGCGUAGAUAG